GAUGCCAGCCCAUUUCGCCCAGCGCAGCGCCAGGCUUGAGCUCUGAACCCUACCGCGGCCGGGCGGAGCGCCGGCGCCGGCGCCGCCACUAGAUACGGUCCGCCGCAAUCCCGUACCGUCUGGUGGCAUCUCCUCAUCGAAGGGCAGGCAGCACCCGCGUCAACUGAAAUCCAGAGCAAGACUCAGCAUGGACUCCCUUCAUCUUGUGCACGUCAAGCUUCUGGCUGCCGACCUUCUCUCGCUGACUCCCCGACAUACAUCGCCACCUUCCUUUGUUCGCUGUGGCCGUACGGUUGCUCGUGCCGAGGUUGUCGGGGUCGUUGUUUCACGUGACCGCAGGGACAAAUUUCUCCGCUUCCUGGUUGAUGAUGGCACUGGCUGUGUACCAUGUGUCCUGUGGCUGAACCACCAGUACCUGAAUGCAAACAGUUCAUCCGAUUCUGAUCCAACUGGAGAGAUGGCAUCGAAAAUGUCGGAGGUCGUACGCCUGGGCACCCUGUUGAGGGUUCGUGGGAGGAUUGUCAUGUACCGUGGUGCAAUCCAGAUUGCUGCUAGAGACGUGGUUCUAGAGGAGGACCCUAAUGUGGAGGUUCUACAUUGGUUACAGUGCGUUCACAUGGCCAAGGAAUGUUAUGAUUUGCCACUACCUUCUGCUUGAGGUUUGCCUCGGAGGAUCUUAUGCUCUGUGUUUCUUUCUGUGGUCACUGUUGAGCCAAACAUCGUUAAUCAAAUACCUUUUUUGGUUAACUGCAUUUGAUUUACUUCAUUUAUGCAUUAGGGUCAGUCGCAACUGUUUUAUAAGGUCUAAUGCAGAGGCCCCUAGUGAUAGCGCACUGCACUUGGGUGAAGUAAUCAAGGUUUAGGAGUCGACGAGUCGUUCGGAUGUUGAGACUCAUAGACUAAUCGUGACAAGUCGACACUGAAGUUGUGACUCAUAGACUAGUCGACACUGAAGUGUAGUCGGGCCCUGGAGUUGCGACUCAUAGACUCGUCUAUAGACUAGUUUUGACUAGUCCUUCGACUCGUAAUCCAUGGAAGUAAUGAGUGGGUCCC